AUGGGCGCGGAGCUCCUGCAGGACUUUAGUGUGGUCCUGGUCCCAGGAAUCAAGAUCUCAUUGCCUUCGUGGCAGCUGCUUAUUCACCAUAACUAUACUGCCGAGCAUUUUGAAUGGAUUAAAAGUGAACCACAAACUAGCGUGAUGGACUACACAGCUGCCACAAGACCAGGACUGUACAUCCCACAGUGUUGUACCUCAGGACCACCCUCCCACCAGCUCUUCCUGCCUGAGACCGACCCUGCCACCUUGCUGAACGCAGCCUCGGGUUACUGGUGCCAGUCGGCGGAAGCAUCCCACAGCCUCGCCCAGCCGCACGUGCCCCUCUGCCCCUGCAUGUCGCUGGCCGUGAAACUUGCACAGGCCUCGCCGUUGAUGGUCACCUCCCAGCCGGCCUUUCCCCACAGACUCUUCGAGACAGCUCUCUGGUCCAGCGGGCAGUUUGAGAGCGCAGCAGCCCUCGAGCAGUUCUACCCGAACCAAGAUCUCCUCCGUCAAGGAAGCUGGAGUCUGUGCAGCAGGGGCCAGUUGUCACCACAUGAUGCCAGCCCCUUCCACCCGUUCAGUAACCUCUUCCUCACUAACAUGCGGCAGUCGGACGUCAGAGAACUCCUGAGGGAGGAAAUGGUUAAUGGCAGCUAUCUGCACAUGAUGUGCCCGGAUAUUGGCAAUGCCAACCAGAUACUGCUGGACGGGAGCACUAAGGGGGAUUCCAGCUGGCCAUGGCUCUUGCCCAGUAGUCCCAGCCAUUAUCAAGCUCCUUUACUCGAUGGAAGAUUCCUUGCACCUGGAGGGUUUGGUGGUCCUGAAGAGAGUGAGGCAGGGACUGAGGGAAUGCCGCUCUGUGUAGAUGGAGAUGGAGCCGGGAGCUACAGAGGAGGUUUAAACCAGCCAUCACAAGCAACCUUUGGAGAAUGCAGUCCACAAAGCAACGUUGAUGGUGUGAAGAAAGAUUGCAGGAGGCUGACGUACGUAAAGGUUGAGACGGAAGUGUGGUGCCAUCCCCAACACAGCCAGGUUCAGCACGACACGAAACUGGACAUAGCAGCACAGGCCCUGAUCCAGCUCUCCCAGAUACCCAUCGGCAGCCUUUCAACACCAGACGGCACUGCUUCCACAGACUGCCAGAGAACAUGGGAGUCAUAAGAACACAGCAAGCAAUGUCCUUUAUCUCAGUUCCCUUGGGAGUCAGGAGAGCUUUAUCUGUGUGAGGCAACACACUUCAGGAUCUGCUCCACCUGUGUGACCAGCCAGCCGUGAGUUUGAGGGAUCUGCUGUGUCCAUUGAGAACACAGUCAGCAAGCGAGUGGAGAGGAGGGCAUCAGUCUGCGUUCACUCUAACUGAUUGGUCGUAGAUCAAACGAUCUUCGAUUUACAUGGAAAGCAGAGUCCAUUUAAAGAACGGAGGAGCCAGAACUUAUGACGGUAAAUGCAGAAGGUUUCCAUUUAAACGCAGCAGGAUUUGAUUUGAUUGAUUGUGAGAAUAAUUACCUACAGUCGCCGUUCAAAAAAACAUUCUCAACGCCUCAACAAACUGGUCACUGGGCUUGAGUGCCAGUGGAGUUACCCAACACACCAGCUCCAGUUGGGACAGUAUUGUCUAGAGGGAGGUUAUAUGUCACAUUGUCCCUCAAGUGGAUUCCUUUAAAGGCAGUGUCAUUUUCCUCUCCCUUUUUCUCCAUGAACUUGCAACUUUUUUUUUACCAUUCCUUUUUAGGCAGGGCCAUUUCAAACAUAACACCUAAAUCCUUGGGGAAAAAACACUCUUACCUUUUCAUUUGGUUUACCCAUAAACACCUGGGGCUCGCGUACAGAUCUUCCUAACACCGUUAAUCCUUUUCAGUGCACCCUGGCACUAUUGAAGCUGAAGCAGCCCCUCCACAGUGAGCCCAUCUAUGAGGCAAGCCGAUGCACAGAUAUCUAUUCACACCCUGUAGCAUUCUUGCUGCCUUGCGUGCCGAUCCCCACAUUCACCCUCAUUAUGGGGCCCUCGUGCAGAGCACGCUGUGGGCCUCAACUCUGGCCAAGGAUUGAUUGCUUUGUUUUCCUGUUUCACAUUUCACUCGUUCAGUACAGACACAUAUUGAAAGAUGACAACUUAUCCUCAUAUCAAUUUCUUGACUAGAUAGGUUGCUCCGAUUUCAAAUUCCAUGCCCCAGUCUACCUCAGCAAUUGAAACCUCUUCAACUAGCCCACCAAAAUGUUAAAAUCCUCUGCCAAAUACCAUUUGUCUUCUGUAUUAGUGAGAAUACAGGCACAAUCCAAGUAAUCUCCCCUU